AUGGGCCAAAACCAGUCCGGCCUCGGCGGUCCCGGCGGUCCACCAGGCGCCCCUGGCGACAACAAGGACAAAAAGGGCGAUAAGAAGGACAAACCACGCUACGAGCCGCCACCGCAACCCACCACCCGCAUCGGCCGCAAGAAGAAGAAGGCCCAGGGUCCCAACGCCGCCGCCAAACUCCCCAUCGUCUACCCGACUGCACGAUGUAAGCUCCGAUAUCUGCGCAUGCAGCGCAUUCACGACCAUCUGCUGCUGGAAGAGGAGUUUGUGGAGAACCAGGAAAGGCUACGGAAAGCGAAGGCUGCGGCCGAGAAGACCGCCACUCCUGCCACAGCGGGCGGCGACAGCGAUGCCUUGGAUCGAAACGCGGAUGAGAGGAGUCGGGUGGAUGACAUGCGUGGUUCCCCCAUGGGUGUGGGGAAUCUGGAGGAGUUGAUCGAUGAUGAUCAUGCCAUUGUCAGCAGUGCUACCGGCCCUGAGUACUAUGUCUCCAUCAUGAGCUUCGUGGACAAGGAUCUACUGGAACCCGGCGCGCAGAUCCUGCUGCAUCACAAAUCCGUCUCGGUCGUGGGCGUACUCACCGACGACGCCGACCCGCUCGUCUCAGUCAUGAAACUGGACAAGGCGCCAACGGAGAGCUACGCCGACAUCGGCGGCCUCGAGCAACAAAUCCAAGAGGUCCGCGAAGCCGUCGAGCUCCCCCUCCUCCAUCCCGAGCUCUACGAAGAAAUGGGCAUUAAACCCCCGAAAGGCGUAAUCCUCUACGGCGCCCCGGGAACAGGCAAAACCCUGCUCGCCAAAGCCGUCGCGAACAGCACCUCCGCCACCUUCCUCCGCAUCGUCGGCUCGGAACUCAUCCAGAAAUACUUGGGAGACGGCCCUCGCCUCGUGCGCCAACUCUUCCAAGUCGCCGCCGAACACUCCCCCAGCAUCGUCUUUAUCGACGAAAUCGACGCCAUAGGCACCAAACGCUACGAGAGCACCUCGGGCGGCGAGCGCGAGAUCCAGCGCACCAUGCUCGAACUCCUCAACCAACUCGAUGGCUUCGACGACCGCGGCGACGUGAAAGUAAUAAUGGCGACCAACAAAAUCGAAACCCUCGAUCCGGCCUUGAUCCGUCCCGGCCGCAUCGACCGCAAGAUCCUGUUCGAGAACCCGGACCAGAACACCAAGCGCAAGAUCUUCACCUUGCAUACGAGUAAGAUGAAUCUGGCCGAGGAUGUGGAUCUGGAGGAGUUUAUCGGGCAGAAGGAUGAUUUGUCUGGCGCCGAUAUAAGGGCGAUUUGUUCCGAGAGUGGGUUGUUGGCGCUCAGGGAGCGAAGGAUGAGGGUGAAUAUGACGGAUUUUCGGGCGGCGAGGGAGACGGUGAUGAAGACGAAGAAUGAGGGGGAGCCGGAGGGGUUGUAUUUGUAG